CAGGCUCACACCCCUCUCUGGGGUCUCUGGACCUGCCCUUGCUCGCUCACACCCUCCAGACCACCAUCCCUGGAAGAAGCACCUGUUCCUAGUAGUGCUCCUGGUGCUGCAGAGCACGCAGACCGGGCUGCGCGGAAAGCAGGAGGCGGAGCGACGGAGCUGGUCUGAGGAGCUUCGCUUCGCAUGGUACCAGGUGUCGAGCAUCACUAAGAGGAGGAGAAGACAAGGAUAGGCCCAGGAGCAAUGGAGUCCAAAGAUCAAGGAGUCAAAAAUCUCAACAUGGAAAAUGACCAUCAGGAAAAGGAGAAAAACGAAGAAAAGCCACAAGAUGCUAGCAAAAGGGCGCCAGCUGUGGCCCUGACUUUCGAAGCUGGCGAAUAUAGUGUGCCUAGAGGCAGUCGCAGGUGGUUCCGAGUUAGGCCGCCCAUCGUGCACUAUAGAUGGGACCUGAUGCAUAGGGUUGGAGAGCCCCAGGAAAGGAUGAGAGAGGGUAAUGCGGAAAGGUUUGGGGAGGACGUGAGAAGGCAGCUCAUGGAGAAGUUAAGGGGAAGGCAGCUGAGCCAUAGUCAGCGGGCGGUUAGCACUGACCCGCCUCACCAUGGCCAUCAUGAUGAGUUUUGCCUUAUGCCCUGAGUCCUGAGGUUUUCUCUCAAGUUAAUAGGGAGACCCCUGCUUCCAAAACUUACAUUUUGUGAUGUACUGCUGUAAAAUUUUUGAGGUUACUUCUUUUAUGUGGAUCUCUUCCUCUUAUCAGCUACUAGUUGAAACUUGUGUUUUUCACUGUAAUUCUUUUUGUUAGCAGAAUUUAUCAGUUGCAUGGAAAGAUGCUUGUUAAAUAUUGUGAAGCUAAUAAAGCAGAUUUAAAAGGCA